CCCAAUGCCGAUGAUGCAACGCAACUUGAAAACCCGGCUAGCGCAGCAUUUGGAGGAAUUCCUCAAGUCACUGCUUCAUCAAAAAACACUUUCGAUGGCAUCCUUUCAAACCCAUUAAGCGACACUCGCUUCAAAGUCAAUCAUGCCACACUUGCGUUCGGGCAGACGUCAAUUGAAACGGGAGUCCCACUUCCCACCACUCAACAACCAAUAUACGAGGCUGUUCCAAGCUUGCUUUCAAGUGGUAAUUUGAUGCGAAAGCCAUAUCGCUGCCUAGAGCCCAUUUUGAUGUCCUUGGAAGUGCAUGUCUUGCACCCAUCGUCUGUGCUUCAUCCUACAGAACCUCGUCCAACAUCCCCAGCACUCCUGGCUGUGAUACUAUUUUCUGUUGCGCAGACUGCGGAUAUUAGUCUAUUCGAUGCACCUGGAACGCGAGAACGUACAAGCAUGGAUCUUUAUCGCCUAUCACUUGAUUUGCUUCAAUCAGAAGAUCCCGACAAUUAUUUCAGAACCUCUGGAGGUCCUUAUGCUUUCAACCUGACUUUUUUAGAUGGUUGGCAGCUCCAUCCUCAUCCGAACAGCAUUCCUCCAAGUAUAGAUCGGCAACCAUCCGGGAAAACAAUACUACCAAGGCAACUUGGCUCGACUGAUACUAUUCUCGCAGUCGUUAUCUUAACUAUAACAAUAUCCGGCGGUCAUUAUAAAGCAGAUUCGCUCAAAUGGAUAGACAAGCUCUUUCGAUUAGUCAGGGCAAGUGGACUGAGUUUGGAAGAUCAAGACAUUGAUCUUGGCCCUGUCUUCUGCGGACUAUACAAUGGUGAUGACACCUUCCGUCGAUGGAUGAUAGCAAAAGAAGAGCGCAGACGACUCUUUUGGUUUAUCUAUUGUCUUGAUAGACAUCUUGCUCUUUCUUUCAAUAUGCGAUUGAGCAUCCCCGAAGGCACAUUUUGUGUUCGAGUACCAUUGCCUGAAAAGCUUUGGCAAUCUCUUGAGACCACCGAUUUAUCUAUUAUUCAGACAUCCCCAAUCGGCCCGCCUAUUCAGAUUUCCGGUUGUGGAUUCUUCGAAUACUUCUUACCACUUGCUAUCAUUUUAGGUCACAUAAUCGACCUGCAUCACUAUCGCAGUCAUCCUACCUUUGGUUCAAUCGUCCCACAUGAUGCUAUCCGUCGGGUUGAAUCGAUGAUUUCUCAGCGCGAGCAGGAGCUAGUUGAAUUGGAGAGACAACUUGGCGCCAUUCUACCCGAAGAAAUGGGUGCGACGCCAUUUAUAGGUCAAACCAGCGGGUCCUCCUCACACGGCACAGAAAGUCACGGGACUCCCAGCAGUGGCGGCCCUUCGGAAACAAGAUUUCCCUUGGUAAAAGCCUACAGUACAUAUCUGUUACAUGUUUUUUACAUACUUCUUCAUGGAAAAUGGGAUCCCAUCUUGAUGAUUGAAGACAAUGAUGACUGGAUCACCUCGGAAAGAUUUUUGACAUGUGCCUCCCAUGCCCUGAGUGCUACUGAAGUUAUCUCUCAAAUUCUGACACUUGAUCCCGAAAUGACUUUCAUGCCCUACCUUUUUGGGAUCUAUCUUCUUCAAGGGAGUUUCAUCCUUCUUCUCUUCGUGGACCGUAUGCCAGAGCUUGGCCCAAACAGCUCUGUGGAAGAAGUCUGCGAGACCAUCAUUCGCGCUCACGAAGUCAGCAUUGUCACUCUCGACACAACUUUUCAGGUGCGUAAAAUUCCAUCCCCUUAUCUCAUACUAGAAGACCAAUCUCUCAUGUUCAUGCAGAAAAACUUCCGCAAGGUUUUCCGAUCCAUGCUAUACGAUGCCCAGCAAGUUGGUCCCCACUCCUGGGAUGAGCAUAAAGCACGGCGGAGAGAGCUAUUAUCUUUAUACCGCUGGACACCGACAGCGCAUGGGCUCGCAUACUGA